CCCUCGUCCCCCCGCAGAGGGGCUCCCUGGCCCCAGACAGGGCUCGGGGCCAAGCCGGGCGCACUCCCCCCCCGGCCGGGCCGGAUUGACAGAUGCCUGCGGUGGAGGAGAAGAUGCUGCAGCCGCCCGCUUCCAGCCUGGAUGCCUCCGACCCAGAGCUGCACUACGAGGAGGAAGAGAGAGGAGGAGAAUGAGUCAGAGCCCUCGGACAGCAGUGCAGCAUUCUUCUCCGAUGACUCCGUUUACCCUUGCUACGAGCUCUCCCUGGGGGGCUGGUGUGGUGCCAGGGGUCUCAGCCUCUACCAGUGCUGUGCCAGGAAUGAUGCCAAGCUGGUGCAGGAGAGGCUGGAGCACGGGGUGACCCGGAGUGAGGCCACGGAGCUGGACAUCAAUGGGAGGAACGGGCUGAUGGUCGCCUGCGCAAGAGGGUUUGUGGACAUCGUGCCGCUGCUGCAGAAGUGCCCCUACCUAAAUGUCAACCAGCAGGACAAGGAUGGCAACACGGCCCUCAUGAUGGCAGCCCAGGCAGGACACAUCACCAUCGUCAACUACCUCCUCAACUACUACCCCGCACUUGAGGUGGACAAGCGAGACCCCAGGGGCCUGACGGCACUGAUGAAGGCUGCGGUGCAGGGGCGGCAGGACUGCGUGGCCACCCUGCUCCUGGCCGGGUGAGCAUCCCCCCAAGGACAUCCCGGGAUUUUGGGGGGGAAGGGGUGGCAUGGCUGCUCACUCUGCGCUUGGACCCAGCGCUCCGGGGUGGGACAGGGUGGGAUGCUGCGGUGAUGCUG